CAUAUAAAUACACACGCCUUGGAAUGCAUAUUAGUCAUCUUAAUAUAUUCCGAUUAGUCGUAAUCGAAAAAGAGAACAGAUGAAAAUGUUUAGGGUGAUAAUGAUGAUGGUUAUGGCAAUGGUGGUGGGAGUUGCGUUGGGUAAUAUCGUAGAUACGACAUGCAAACAGACACCUGACUACACUCUCUGUCUCUCUCUCCUCCGCUCUGAUCCACGUAGCUCCUCCGCCGACACCGUCGGUCUCGGUCUUAUCCUCGUCGACAAAAUCAAGGCGCUUGGGACGGAAACGCUCGGGCAGAUCAACGCGGCGUACAAAACCAAACCGAUGCUUAAACGUGCAUUGGACGAAUGUAAUCUGAGAUACAAAACGAUCGUAGACGUUGACGUCCACACUGCCAUCACAGCUAUCAAUGGAAACCCUAAGUUCGCCGAAGGUGCCGUUGUCGACGCUGGUGUUGAAGCCUCCGUUUGCGCAGGAGGGUUUCCAAAAGGCCAAUCGCCGUUAACCGGUUUGACUCAGAGAAUGAACAAGAUCUGCGAUGUGACCAGAGCCAUCAUCCGAAUGUUGCUCUAGUAUUUUACAUCUAAAAUUUAACAUAAUGUAAAAUAAUAAUAAAGCUCGUAAUCAUGCUUGGUUAAUUGAUUAAUUAUAGUGAAACGAUGCACCGUUACUAAUGCUAAACCGGUACUAGCUAGCUAUAAGAACCGGCUAUACAAAUAAAAUUCGGCACGAAGUUUCUAGAACCGAAUCACUGGAUAUAUAAAAACAUUCACGAGCCAGAUAUCGACUGACGAGAGAAG